AGUUUCAAGCAGACACUUGCCCCUUUGCUGCAGACAAGAAGGUGAAAGACUUGCAUUGCCAAUGUUCUUUGGACGUGGCAAAAAGAAACGCCAUGCAGAAUCUUCAAAUACGGCGUCUCCACCAUCGAGGAAGCCAAUCCUGCAGUUGGCUGACAUGUUAAAACGAUUUGGAUCACCUGAUGUUUUCGACUCGAGCAGCCACAGAUCAGCCAAGCAUUUGGCCGAAAACCGAUCGACUGCUGGGAACAAGUCUUCAUCAUUUCUAAAUCUGUUAGCACUUAAACCUCGUCCAUCGUUAUCGACGCCAGAUUUGACUUUGAAAGCUCGAGAAUCCAUCCACCCACCCCAUCUCCAGGAAGACGACCCGCUGCCUAUGCCACGGGUAUCUACCUCUACACCUGCGAGCCCAAGCUUCAACCCACAAGAAAAGUUGAGUUUGAAGCCUUUGAAAAGUCCAGCUAGGCCAGUCAGUUUGGACACCAAGGCUGCUAACCGGUCCAUCCCAUCGACCCCUCGUGACCCAUUUUCAUCGCCCAAGCUACCAGGAUCCCCACGUAUCCCGCGUACACCGACCCGUCGCAUUUCAUAUCAAAACGACUCCUCUUAUUUGCAUAAACGUUCAAAGAGCAGCUCCAGCAUCACCCUUCCACUUGCUUAUUCGAAACGUUCGUCUGGCGGCAUCAACUUGCCUGUGAUCGUGACGGCAGCCACAGAGCAAAAGCAAACUCGUCAGAAUAGUUACCCCCAUAUCAUACCACCAAGACACCCAUAUCCAAACCAUUCCAAUUCAAGCACGCCCGCAUUGCCUACUUCCGUUCCAGAACCGAUUUCUUCACGACCUGCCUCUAUGAAUGCUAUGCCUGACGACCCCAUUCCAUCGUACACUGACAUUUCCUCACCACGACGCGCAUCCUUGUUUCCACCGUCAGCAAAUGUCUCGACAGGAAAAGUAUCCAAGCGCCCAGUUCUGAAGCUCACUACCGUCAACACCAACCCACACUCUUCAAGUGGCUUUGUUUCCUUGGCCAUCAAACGAUCGCUUGCCAUUCAACCCGAGCUUCUAGCCAAGAAGCUUUCUCAGGGCCAGAAACCAUUAUUGAUUGAUGUUCGAACCCUCCCAGAUUAUCAAAAAUUACGUAUACGUGGUUCCUUGAAUGUGAAUUUACCUACUUUGUUGAUCAAACGUUAUAGAAGAGGAACCAUAUCCAAUUUUAACCUCGAAAGUUUCAUUACCACUCCCAACGGACGACAACGCUACCUAAAGCGACUUGCUGCAUUUAGCAAGGACCUGGAGUCCAUACGGGAGGAAGAUGACUACAUUGUCGUUUACGAUGACUGCAUGGAUGAAGAAGACAAGACCUCGCAUGCGUGGACUCUUGUUGGUGUCUUGGAGAAAGCCAUUUUAGAGAACAGUGUCAGCGGUUCUGGUGAACGUGCACGCGUCCUGUGGCUCAAAGGAGGUUAUGAAGCGUUUGAAAAGCACGAUCAAUCCAAGCAGCAUCUUGUUAGCGGUCAACAGGAGGAUGAAGAGUUUGAAAAGGCUGGCUUCGGAGCAGAUGGUAAUGAUGGAUCAACUGACAUCGAUAUGUCCAGACUCUCUUUGACCCCCAAUGGGCCCAUGCCCAGACGAUCGGUCAGUAGCACUCUUGGAGCCAUCAGCAGCAUCAACACGAGUGGGUUCAAUCAGAGGAGGAUGAGCUUAUUUACCUUGGAUACCCAAGCAACUCGUUCUAGACGUGAUUUUACCCUCAACCUUAAUCGUCCUCCUGUUCAAGAAGAAACUGCUACACGACGACCCGAUGGCGAUCAAUCACAUAUGUCUGACCCACCAACAGCCAUGCCAACCGAACUCCAUCGACAACAACGCCUACUACAUCUCUUAUACGAUGAAGACGAUAGCCCAAGGCGAGGCACGGCCGCUGGAUCCCCGCCAGCCACCGAUGGCGAGUUUUCAUUCAUCAUCUCCGAAAUCAUCGCUGGCUUUCUCUUUGUGGGGCCAGAAAUCGCUACCUUGGAGCAAAUGCAGCAACUACGAGAUCGCAAAAUAAGACGAAUACUGAAUAUGGCAGAAGAAUGCGACGAUGAUGUUCCUGGUCUGAAAGAAGAAUUCUUGUACAGAAAAAUUGCCGCUAGGGAUACGGUGGAAAUGCGAAAUGUGGAACGUUGUUUGAGAGAAGCAGUUGAGUGUAUAGAAAAUGCAAAGCAUCACCACCAGCCUAUCUACGUUCACUGUAAAGCUGGCAAGUCUCGAUCUGUCACAGCUGUCUUAGCCUAUCUUAUUCAAUCGGAACGCUGGACCCUUCGUCGUGCCUACAGGCAUGUUAUCAAAGCCAGACCCAACAUGUCGCCCAACAUUGGUUUUGUGGCAGAAUUGAUGAAAAUUGAAGGAGGCGUUCAUGGCCAAGUGAGCAAUUUUGCUGGUUCUGAUUGGCAUGCUAACUCCAUGCCAAGUCCUGAGCUCACUCGCGAACUAAGACGCCUCGAACGUGAAUGGGAACGCGAUGACGAUGAUAACGACUCAAAUGAUAUCAUACAACAGGAGCCAAGUUCAGCGACUAUCUCAUGAAAGCCACUUUUGACUCCUGCCUUGUUCGCCGGAACCUCCUCAACAUGAUACCCCAGUCUUUUCCGUUUCCAUUUCUGUUCUGUUACAUCUUUUUUUUUAUAAAAAGAAAAGAAAAAAAAAUUGUAAUGAUGUGA